AUGUCAAAGACCCAGGCUCAGGCUGUACUCUUAAGUAUGGCUUGUGCUAUAAUAGCUGCAUCUGACACUCUGGACAACAUUGAGGAUGCCGACCUACCAUUGGAUGAUCCAUGUGAAGAUUCAGAAGUGCUCGAGGUUGUUGCGGCAGUCAUGAUUCACAAAGCAUUAGAGAUCAAAGGCGAUGGUACUCUGUCAUGCCCUGCCUACAACCAGACCAGCCCCAGUACCCGCCACACGUUGUCACACACUCUAUCCACCUCCUGCACUUCCCCUACACCUCCCAAGUCACCUCCCCAAGUACCAUCAUGCACCUCCAUCCUGCACCCUCCCCACACAAGUACCACCAUAUACCUACCCAAACGUCCUUCACCGACAUGCUGUGAUACCCCGACUGCUACCAGACCCGUCUCAGCACCAACCAGGAGCUCCCGCAUGUCGUAA